CGCGCGUGCGUUCAGAAACACCCGUUUUGAGAGGGCAACUGUAUUCCGGAAGCGGAAGCACACGUCAGAGAACAUCGCUUUUCUUUCCGUCCGGGUAGUGUGCUCGAGGCAGGGAACGAAGCCAUCGCUGCCAUGAGUGUCCCGGCUUUUAUCGACAUAACUGAGGAAGAUCAGGCUGCAGAACUUAGGGCUUACCUGAAAUCCAAGGGAGCUGAGAUAUCUGAAGAGAAUUCCGAAGGUGGACUUCACAUUGACUUAGCUCAGCUCAUUGAAGCAUGUGAUGUGUGCCUGAAGGAAGAUGAUAAAGAUGUUGAAAGUGUGAUGAACAGUGUAGUAUCGCUGCUUCUUAUUCUGGAACCUGACAAGCAAGAAGCUUUGAUUGAAAGUCUAUGUGAGAAAUUGGUCAAGUUUCGGGAAGGUGAACGGCCAUCUCUCAGGCUGCAGCUACUGAGUAAUCUCUUCCAUGGCAUGGAUAAGAAUACUCCUGCAAGGUACACAGUCUACUGCAGCCUUCUUAAAGUAGCCUCCAGUUGUGGUGCUAUACAAUACAUUCCAUCUGAACUGGAGCAGGUUCGAAAAUGGAUUUCAGACUGGAAUCUUAACACAGAGAAAAAGCACACCCUUCUUAGACUACUCUAUGAUGUACUAGUGGACUGCAAGAAGAGUGAUAGUGCAGCAAAAGUGAUGGUAGAGCUGCUGGGAAGUUACACAGAGGACAAUGCUUCUCAAGCUAGAGUUGAUGCUCACAGGUGUAUUGUUCGUGCGCUAAAGGAUCCCAGUACGUUUCUUUUUGACCAUCUUCUUGCCUUAAAACCAGUCAAAUUUUUGGAAGGAGAACUUAUUCAUGAUCUUUUGACAAUUUUUGUAAGUGCUAAAUUAGCGUCCUAUGUCCGGUUUUAUCAGAACAACAAGGACUUCAUUGACUCUCUUGGUUUACUGCAUGAACAGAACAUGGCAAAAAUGAGACUGCUUACCUUUAUGGGAAUGGCAGUGGAAAACAAGGAAAUAUCAUUUGACACUAUGCAGCAGGAACUUCUAAUUGGAGCUGAUGAUGUUGAGGCAUUUGUUAUUGAUGCUGUAAAGACAAAAAUGGUACACUGCAAAAUUGAUCAAACACAGAGAAAAGUAGUGGUCAGUCACAGCACACAUCGGACCUUUGGAAAGCAGCAGUGGCAACAGCUGUAUGAUAUGCUUAACUUCUGGAAACUAAAUUUGAAUCAAGUAAAAAACAGUCUGCUCAGUUUGUCGGAUACCUGAUUCUUUUAUGUAAUGUUUGGUUUAUAUCAGGUGGAAACUCAGCUAUAAUAAACCAUUCAACUUAAUUUUUUGAAUUUUUUAUUUCUUCAAAAUAUCUAAUUGGCUGGAAUACAUUAAUUUGAACUAUAGGCUAAUAAAGCAAUAAAAUUUAAACCAGAA